UUGCUGUGCAAAAAUCAGCUGGUACACUGUAACAGCAGUCUAUGGGAAGCUCCGUGCGCUGCAGUGUUUUGCAGCUGCAGUGAAGUUAAUGUAAAUGACGGAUUGUAGUAAGGGUAGAAUUAUCAUGAAGUAGGUCAUGACCGCGACAUAUGGAGGGUACGGGGACGUCUUCACUUCCUCAGGUGUGCUGUCAGUUGACUCGGGGACAUGCUUGAGGUGAAAGCAAGCGUGCCCGCCAGUUCUGUGGAAGCGUUUUACUUGUCACAUUUGUGUAGCAAUGGCUCUAGCAACAGAGCAAGGAACGUCAGUGGAAUUUAUUUUGAAGUCACUCUUAGCGGGAGGAGUGGCUGGUAUGUGCUCCAAGACCGCCGUUGCCCCUCUUGACAGAAUAAAAAUCCUGCUGCAGGCGCACAACAAACAUUACAAACAUCUGGGUGUGUUCUCGGGUCUUCGGCACAUCGUGAGGAAGGAGCGGUUCUUCGCUCUGUACAAAGGCAAUGGGGCGCAGAUGGUGCGGAUCUUCCCGUACGCUGCCACGCAGUUCACAGCUUUUGAGCUGUACAGCAAGGCGCUGACCUCGCUGCUGGGCCCCGGGCACCACGCGGCCAAGUUCGUGGCGGGGUCUUGCGCCGGGGUGACGGCCGUGGCACUCACCUACCCGCUGGACACGAUACGAGCGAGGCUCGCCUUCCAGGUGACUGGCGAGCACGUCUACACCGGCAUCCUGCACACCGCGCUCUCCAUCUUCAAGGAGGAAGGUGGCAUCAGAGCACUGUAUCGAGGAUUUGUACCAACAUUAUGUGGUAUGGUCCCAUAUGCUGGAUUCUCAUUCUACUGUUUUGAGAAGCUGAAAUACCUCUGCAUGAAAUACAUUCCUAAUGUAACUUGUCAACCGUGCCCUCGCAACACAGGUGGCCUUGUUUUGGCUGUGCCAGCAAAGCUCUUAUGUGGAGGUUUAGCUGGAGCUGUGGCACAGUCAGUGUCAUACCCACUGGAUGUAACAAGGCGUCGGAUGCAAUUAGCAAUGAUGAAUCCAGAUACACGGAAAUUUGGGAUGGGCAUGAGCAAGACACUUUUGCUCAUAUAUCGAGAAAACGGUAUACUCCGUGGCCUAUACCGUGGCAUGAGCAUUAACUAUAUGCGAGCUAUACCUAUGGUUGCUGUAUCGUUUGCAACAUAUGAGCUCAUGAAACAGACACUUGGGCUUGAUACUGGAUUAAAAUUGUAAACUGAUUUUUUCGAGAUGAUGUGGGGAACGUUGUCCAUUCCAUAAAUAUUGUUUGAUGGUUAACAGAGGUUAAUGCCAUACAAAUCUAUAAUUAUUUAUUAAAAUUGUUUUAGUGUCCAAGCAGUUUCCUUAUUUAUUCUUUAAAUCUGAAAUAGUUGCGAGAGCAUAGUAGUAAAUUUUUGGGAACAACACUUGACUACAAAGAAGGGGUAAAAAUGCUUUGAUUGCAGUAUUUUCUGCAAGUUUCCAGAGUUUCUCAUUAGAAAUUAAAGACAGUACUAUUCCUUAAUUCCUUAUGGCAGUGAAUCAGUUUUUUAUUGUCAAGAUGUAAUAGAUUUCACAUUUACAUAGUUACCUUUAAUUAUGACAAUUACGUAAUUUACUCCCAGGGAGCUACAUUUUGUGCUAAUACUUUUAAGAUUGGAACAAAAAGGCAAUGUGUCUUUUAUUAAUGUGUGAUAGGAUAAUGCAGCUUCAGUUGAUUAUAGAAUAAUUCGUUUAUUAUACUUUCUUGUUUCAGUACAGUUCUGUACAUGAGAUAAAGGAAAAGUAGAUUUUCUCCAACUUACAAUACUGCAGUGCCUCUAUGAAUGACAUGACAUACACUGUAAUUUUUGUUUUAUGAUUGGAGUAGAACAAGUUAUUUACAGAAAACCUUGGCACUCUACUCAUUGUGUCAGUAUUAUUCCUGUUAUAGUUCUUCGUUUUAAAUGGUACUGUGAAUCGUAUGACUUGUAUACCAAAGAUUGUUUGUGAAGGGAAAGGAUGGGAGGCUACAGAAAAUGAUUUCUUUCCCAUGUAUGUAAGGCCAUUACUUAAUUAUAUUUUAAUGUCAUGUAUUUUUGAAAUGUUUAUUUUUACAAAGGAUGUUAAGUAAAAUGUGUUACUUUUCCUUUGUACACUAGAGUAUGUGACAUCUAUUUUCAGAAGGUGAAAGAAUAAUAUUUUAUGUAUGAAGA